CCUAUAAAUCCCCCACCGAGUUUUUGUCUACUCAGAAAUAUAUGAGCAUUAGUUUGUAGAGAGAAUUAAAUAUAAUGCCAGAUAUGGCUCAUGAUCAUCAUCAAAACCUCUGCUCGUUUUUCACACUGCCUUUAUUUUUAGCAAUUUUUGUGUUCCCUCUUGUUCAUAUGUAUCCUUCUGUUGUUCGUAGCCAGCUUGAUUACAAUUUCUAUGACAAAUCCUGCCCACACUUACAAUCGAUGGUCAGCUACGCUGUUUGGGCAGCUGUCAGAAACGACUCCCGGAUGGCAGCUUCACUCCUCCGUUUGCAUUUUCAUGAUUGUAUAGUCAAUGGAUGUGAUGCAUCGGUGCUUCUUGACGACAGAGACAAUAUGAAAGGGGAAAAGAAUGCUCCACCAAACCGGAAUUCGCUUCGAGGCUUUGAAGUCAUCGACUUUAUAAAAGAAGAUGCGGAGAAGUUUUGUCCAUCAACUGUUUCAUGUGCUGACAUUCUUACUCUUGCAGCUAGGGAAGCCGUCGUCCAGGCUGGUGGACCUUUUUGGCAAGUCCCUUUAGGCCGACGAGAUGGAACAACAGCAAGUGAGAAAGCAGCCACUGAUCAAAUACCAUCACCAAUUGAACCUCUUCAGAAUAUCAUCACCAAAUUCACAUCAAAGGGUCUUGACGUUAAGGACGUUGUAGUCCUCUCAGGAGGACACACCAUAGGAUUUGCUCAAUGCUUCACAUUCAAGAGGAGGCUGUUUGACUUCAAAGGUUCUGGCAAGCCUGACCCAACACUGGAUUCCUCAUUCCUUCCUAGCUUGCAAUCCAUGUGUCCAAACAAGGACUCAUCGAACACCAAUCUUGCUCCUCUUGACCCAACCAGCACCUUCAGAUUCGACAACAUGUAUUACGCAAAUCUCGUGAACAACACAGGCCUCCUUGAAUCUGAUCAGGCCUUGACAGCUGAUCCAAGAACAGCUCAAUGGGUCAAUUCCUAUAAUGUAUAUCCAUAUCUUUUCUCCAGUGAUUUUGCAGCAUCUAUGGUCAAGAUGGGCAAUCUUGGAAUCCUGACAGGGCAAAAAGGGCAAAUUAGAAAGAAAUGUGGGCUUGUCAAUUAAUUGGUUAAGAUAUGUAAUGUUAGGUACUUGUAUGAAAGUGUUUUCAUGUGCAGUUUA